GGAAGAGCGUCUGCCUCACAACCAGGAGGACCGGGGUUCAAUUCCCCGGCCGGAAGAUAAGUUGGGUUUAUCUUCUUUCACGUGUAGCCCCUGUUCACCUAGCAGUGAGUAGGUGCGCGACGUCAGGCAAGAAGUUGUGACCUCGUUGUCGCGGUGUGUUGUGUGUGAGUGGUCUCAGUCCUACCCAAAGAUCGGUAAUCGAGCUCUGUGCUCUUCCGUAGGGGAACGGCUGGUUGUCUCGAGAGAGACCCGCAGCAGACCAAGAGGUGAAUUACACACACACACACACACAAACACACACACACACACACACACACACGGUCGAAAAUGAAGCUCCACAAUACUGCAUACAAAAAAAAAAAAAAAAAAAGUUACCUUCAGGGAGUUUGUGAUCUUAAAAUAAAACCAGGAAAAGGGGCGAGAUGCCGAAUAUAGCACUUCCUACACCGCGGCGGUGGCGAUGUAGCUGACACGUACACAAUAAGCAUCGGCGAGGGAGUUUCUAAUCAGUUCGAGAAGAUUAGGUUAAGCCAUGAAUGAUUUGGCACGACGCGUCCUCAGGUAUGUCUGCCCCGCCGCCGCGGUGUACCUGGUGGCUACGCAGGUGUGCAGCAGCUUCCUUAAGGCCGGUGAAGCCAAGCGACAGCCGGGGCGGGGCGGCACGGGGCCUGACACUCCGUCCUGCCGCGCCCUCUUCACCGUCACGGACGUCGCCCGCCGCCAGGCAGCCAACGUCAGCCUCUUCAUACACGACCUUCAAGGGUAUUCGCCUCCUCACAAGUUCAGUGGAGACUGGAGGGCGCGGGCACCCUCUGGCCCCAGAGCCGGCCCGGUCCCCGGCCCCGGCAGCUCUGCCGCGGCAGCUGGGGCGGUGCGGCAGCUGCUCCUGAAGAGAAACUCGCCGUCAGGAGCGUCCACGGCAGAUUACUCCCCGCUGGCCGCCCUCCUUCCCUCCGUGCUGGCCCGUCAGGCAGGGGGUGAGGGCAGCGUCCCGACGGUCACCACCACCACCAGGAUCGGCGCCGCCGGUGGGCUGCUGCCCUACGUGCCGUGUCAAAUAGCGACCUAUGCUGACCCCGCCUCUGCCACCGCGUGCUUCAGGGAGAGGCUGAAAAUGGAUGGCACCUUAUGGACCUUCUUCAUGGGAGACUCUAAAAUUAGGAAUCUCUUUUUUGCGUUUCUUGCCAGAACAGACGAAGAGCUCCACUACGUGGUCAAAUAUCAGAAUAUGAGCGUGCCCUUUUCUGCAUUGGACUGGAAACACAUCAAAUUGAAACAGGACAUGGACGCAUCCACCGAACAGCUGCCCGGAUUGCUUGUCUCUUAUCAGUUCAGGGGGUUCAGCGAGCAAUCAAUGUCAAAGACGAGGAGAAGCCCAGAAGUGCGGCAGCUGGCGCGGUGGGCGGCGGGGCUGGAGGCGCCGCCACACCUACUAGUGCUGGGGUACGCGCUCUGGACCCUCGGCAAACUCAACGGGCACCUUCACGACAACCUCGGCUGCCUGCUGGAUGUACACAGGGUGGUGGCGCCUCUCCUGCAGCAGAACGGCAGCAUGGCCUUCGGUGCGAAGGAGAGGAUAGACGGGAAGCCCAGAGUGGACAUGGAAGCCUCCAGCGCGCAGCUGCCCGGACUGCGUGUGACUUUCCUGUUCAAGACGUUCAGCGAGCAGGCACUGUCAAAGAUAAGGAGCAGCUCGGAGGUGCAGCAGCUGGCGCGGUGGGCGGAGGGGCUGGAGGCGCCGCCACACCUGCUGGUGCUGGGUUACUCGUCGUGGGGGACGAAGAAAACGGAUUUUCUGUUCCUGCAUGACGCCCUCGGCUUGCUGAUGGACAUGCACGAGGUGGUGGUGCCUCUCCUACAGAAGAUCAGCUGGAAGACUCGGAUGGUAGUGACGCCAGAAAGCAGGUUCAAAGUCCACAUCAGGCCGAGUGCCAUACAACACCACAGCAUCCCCUAUGGCGACCCCUCCUACGAAUGGAGCGAGACAGUGUUCCUGCAUCACCUACGACGGCAUGCACAGCACCCGCCACCAUCUUCACAUCUCCAUGAACAACCAGUGCGCCGUAACGAUUCACAGCCCCGAGACCACUUGGUGCCCGGGGCGGCUGACGGCGGAGUGUGGUGGUGGGACACGAGUCUGCCUCUGAGCCUGGCGGAGAGCAGUGAGUGUGAGGAGCUGUUCCUCAGUGGCCUGGCACAUCACCCUCUGUACAAGAGCUUUUUCUUUAGGUGUGACAACGACAUGCACGCGGGCACCGUCACCCUGGGGGACCAGGUCACGAUGCUGCUCAACCUGGCGUGCAACUCCGUGCUGGAGGGACGCGAGGGACUGUGCUGUGCCUGACGCGAGGGACGCAGCAAGGAGGGCCUCGAGUGGUUCAUUUGUGGCUAAAGCGAGGCACGCAGCAGGGAGGCCUAAGGGGCUGUGUUGUGACUAACGCGGGGAACGUAGCAAGGAGGCCUCAAAGAAGGGGAGGUCGUGACUAGUGCAAAUAGUGUAGUGCAAGAAAAGUUCAGGAUUGUCCAACCAUGUCGUUAUAUAUCACUAAUAUAGAUUCCAAAGUGAAACACACCUUUUGUUUGCAUUAAUGGACUAUUCCAUUCUAGUCCCAGAGAGCAAACUGAUGCAUCGCGCCGUCAUUAUUCAAACUCACAUCACCCUCGCUCAAUCUUUGGCCAAGCCACGAGUACACACACACACACACACACACACACACACACACACACACACACAUAUACAAAACGCUAACUAUUUUUGUUACCAACAGUGUGACAGUGAAAUGUAUGCAAACAACACUCGCACAUGAAUCCCAGCUCUCUUUUCGGUGUUAUAAGCUUUCUUGUGUUCUACGUUUAGGGAAACCCAUGGCAUGUGUUACGGUGUUAUCUUUCCUUAUAAUUUACCGUACCCUACUGGACCAGGUUCCAGCAAAAAAGUCACGGUAUAUUUUCAUUAUGGAGUUCUGCAUCAGUUUAUCUAAUAGG